CUCCCGCUCACUUUCCAACACGCCAUCCACCUCACUCGUCAGCUCGACCUCAACUACUUUUGGGUUGACGUCCUCUGCAUUGUUCAAGAUUGUCCCGAGGAGAAGAAGCGUGAGCCAGACAGCAUGGGCAAAGUGUUUGUGAACGCGCACUGCACAAUUGCAUCCUCCGAGGAUGCGAAUGGUGGCUGUUUUACUAAACGGAAUUCUUCUCUGCUAGAUUUUCCCUGCUGUCUGCAAUUUUCAAAGAACAAUGCUUUGACAGUUCGGGCACAGGGGCAAACCCACAAUCUCAAGUCUUUCACGAACGAGGUCGAUGAAAAGAACUUGAGCUGGCAGAGCUGGGGCUUUCAAGAACGGCUCCUUUCGCGACGAAUCAUCCAUUUCGGGCCCAAAUUUCUGUUCUUCGAAUGCAACACACAUAUCGCCUCACAAGGGACGAAUGCUAGCCAACCCUUUCGAGAGAAGCAGUGGCUCUCCAACAGAGAGAAGACACUCAGCGCAGGGUGGGAGAUCUACCUUCAUGGCCGCUGGGCGGAACUAGUCAUCCCAUUCACCAGAUGCAAAAUCACAGAGCCUUCAGAUCGUACAAAUGCCCUUCUAGGUCUCGCUCAAGCAAUCCAGGAUGGGGAUAAGGAACUGAGAUACAUGCACGAUCUAUGGCGCCGCUAUUUACUCUUCGACCCAUUAUGGUUCAUCGAAUCUGGACAGACGAACAAGCAAUCAGAGCACCGUACGCGGUCUUGGUCAUGGCAGUCUGUCCACGGUGAGGUU